AUGGACAACGGUAAUCCGAUGGGAGAGGGAGAGAGACGAGUUUACGAGGAAGAAGAAGUUAGCAGUAUCCAAGACAAUGCGGAAUACAUGAGAAGAGUGCAAGAAGUUGGUGAGGAAGAAAAAGUUGAUUUGAUCUCAGGCAGAGCGGACGAGAAGACGGAGAAGGGCGAGGCCAGGUUUGAGUUCGGGAAGAAGCUCAGCGAAUAG